UUCCUCAACCGUAUAUCCAACUCCCAUACUUCGCGUUUUUCGCGUUAAUUUACCAAACUCCAAAUCAACAACGAAACGUUCAUUUCCCGCUGAUACUACCACCCGUCGCGAAAACAACCAUCGCCGAAACCUACGUACCUCCGCCUCCACCAAUCGCGAAAAAUAUCGACUCUACCGACCAACCCGCUUCCCAUCGGCCGCCGAUUCUCCCGCGCCAGCGUCCCCCAGCGGCCAAACGUCCCAACCGACGCGUCGCUCGACCACGUUUACGCACCGGACACACCCGCGAACCUCGCACGCUGAAAUCGCUCGCUUUGCGUCGUCCUUCGCCCCGGCCAUCUUCCGCCAACCGCCUCUCUCCGACCACCCAUGGCUACUCUCGAGGACAAGUCUCUCUGGGAAGACGGAGAGCAACCUCUCGGCGAAGACGUCUGGAGAAUGUCCACCGACGAGAUCGUGUCGCGCACGCGUCUCCUCGACAACGAGAUAAAAAUCAUGAAGAGCGAGGUCAUGCGCAUCUCUCACGAGCUUCAGGCGCAAAACGACAAGAUCAAGGAGAACACCGAGAAGAUCAAGGUCAACAAAACUCUCCCGUACUUGGUGUCCAACGUCAUAGAGUUGCUCGACGUCGACCCUCAAAACAUGGGCGAGGAAGACGGCGCGGUCGUCGACUUGGACGCCCAGAGGAAAGGCAAAUGCGCCGUCAUCAAAACCUCCACUCGUCAGACCUACUUCCUACCCGUGAUCGGAUUGGUCGACGCCGAGGCUCUCAAACCCGGCGACUUGGUCGGUGUCAACAAAGACAGCUACCUCGUCCUGGAAACCCUCCCCGCCGAGUACGACGCCAGAGUCAAGGCUAUGGAGGUCGACGAGAGACCCACCGAGCAGUACUCGGACAUCGGCGGCUUGGACAAGCAGAUUCAAGAACUCAUAGAAGCCGUCGUCCUCCCCAUGACGCACAAGGAGAAGUUUGAAAAUCUCGGCGUUCAACCUCCCAAAGGCGUCCUCCUCUACGGACCACCGGGAACCGGUAAGACUCUGUUGGCCAGAGCCUGCGCCGCCCAAACCAAGUCUACCUUCUUGAAACUCGCCGGGCCCCAACUCGUUCAGAUGUUCAUCGGAGACGGCGCCAAAUUGGUCAGAGACGCCUUCUCUCUCGCCAAGGAGAAAGCACCCGCCAUCAUCUUCAUAGACGAGUUGGACGCGAUCGGAACCAAACGAUUCGAUUCCGAGAAAGCCGGCGACAGAGAGGUGCAACGUACCAUGUUGGAACUGUUGAAUCAACUCGACGGAUUCAGCUCUACCGCCGAUAUCAAGGUCAUUGCGGCUACCAACAGGGUCGACAUCUUGGAUCCAGCCUUGCUCAGAUCCGGUCGUUUGGACAGAAAGAUCGAAUUCCCGCAUCCCAACGAGGAAGCCAGAGCUCGCAUCAUGCAAAUUCACUCGCGAAAGAUGAACGUGUCUCCGGACGUUAACUUCGAGGAAUUGUCCAGAUCGACCGACGACUUCAACGGUGCCCAGUGUAAAGCCGUUUGCGUCGAAGCCGGUAUGAUCGCGUUGAGACGCGACGCAACGGCAGUUACGCACGAGGAUCUGAUGGAAGCUAUCAACGAAGUUCAGGCGAAGAAGAAGGCUAAUCUCGACUAUUACGCUUGAUCCGCCGUCUUUGUCCAACGACGAUUGCGAACCAACCUAAAUUUAGACGAGAAACUCGUCUCCUUUGCAAAAUA